UAUGCCGUUAUGCCGUAAACCACGCUGUCAACAUGGCUCCAGGAGGCAUGAUCGCCGUGACGACCUUUGUCCUCUUCUUCAUCCUGGGCCCACUCAGUCCAGCUCCAGCUACCUGUUCCCAAAUGAGCAGAGCAUGUUGUACGAGAUACAACAGAAAGCCGGUGCCUUUCCAGCGCAUCAAGGGCUUCAGAGAACAAACCAUGAAGGAAAACUGUCACAUGGAGGCGAUCAUUUUCUACACAGUGAAGAACAAUGAGGUAUGCGCGACUCAGAGGGAUGAGUGGGUGAGGAAAACGCUGGAAUUACUCAGCUCCAAACUGAAGAAGAUGUCCAAGGCCGACUCCGCUACAGUCGAAACUCCGAUGAAGAAAAGAGAAAAUCCUUCAUUCAAUGAUGGAAGUGGAUCUCCUGCAAGUGCUGCAGAAAGACUCUUUGACAGCACAGAGAGUCAAUAUUAGGGAAAAGACAUGCAAAACUGUUGGUGAUAUCUCUGAAAACUUUCACUUGCCUCUAUAUAAUAUCUGUAGAAUACAGUAUACAAGAAUUCUCAUAUGCAAAUAAAUGUACUUAAUGGAA